AUGAUCUCCUUCACCCGUACCCUCCUCCUCCCCCUCGCCGCUCUCGCACUCGCCACCGGCUCCGCGUCCGCCUCGCCGAUUGCGGAAAAGCGCGAUGUGUUCGUUCCGCCAGUGACCUAUCCCCACGCGGGCACCGUUUGGCACAGCGGGCAGACACAUCACGUCACCUGGGACACCUCCGCCGCGCCCGUCAACAUCACGAACAAGGUCGGCAGGAUUUACCUCCGAUUCCACGGCAUCACCACGCCUCUGAUCCUUGCCGAGAACUUCAACAUCUUGGAUGGCCGCGUCAAGGUGACCGUUCCUCUGGUCGACGAUCGCGACGACUACGGCAUCGUCCUCUUUGGCGACUCCGGCAACUUCAGCCCCCAGUUCACCAUCCUCUCCGACUGA